UAUAUAUAGCCAUCAAACUCUCUCCUCCGCAAGCACUCAGCUCUUUGCGACUCCAUCUGUAUACGCCACAUCUCUUUGUCACCUCCGCUAUGGAGUUCUUCCUCUGCGUCGCCCUCUCCCUUGCUCUCCUCCUCUUCCUCAAGGCCAUCCUCUUCUCUAACAACAACACCAUCAGCAGCCACGAGAAGAGGAACCUCCCACCGAGCCCUCCAUCGAUCCCCAUUAUAGGUCACCUGUACAUGUUCAAGAAGCCCCUGCACCGCGCUCUCGCCCGCGUCACAGAGCGCUACGGCCCCGUGCUCCUCCUCCGCUUCGGCUCUCGCCCUGUUCUCGUCGUCUCCUCCGCCUCCGCCGCCGAGGAGUGCUUCACCACCAACGACAUCGCCUUCGCCAACCGCCCCCGCCUCCCCUCCAUCAGAUACAUCAGCUACAACUACUCCACUCCCGGCACGGCCCCGUACGGGGCCUACUGGCGCAACCUCCGCCGCAUCGCCACCGUCGAGGUCCUCGGGGUCCGACGCCUGCAGUCCUCGUCCGACGUCCGCGCCACGGAGGUGCGUGCGAUGGCGAGCCACCUCUUCCGGUAUGCGAAGGCCGGGCCUGCGAAGGUGGAGCUGAAGUCGAGGUUGUUCGCGCUGGUGAUCAACGUCUUUAUGAUCACCAUCGCAGGGAAAAGGUACUACGGGGAAGAGGGAAGGAUCUCCGAGGAGUCGAAGAAGUUUAUGGAGGUGGCCGAGGAAACGGUAGCAUUGGCCGGCGCUUCCAACAUCCGAGACUUCUUUCCGUUUCUGAGGUGGUUGGACUACGGACGAGAAGUCAGGAAGAGGCUGACGAGACUGGAUAGGAUGAGGGAUGAGUUGAUGCAGGGCCUCAUCGACGAUCACAGGAGGGAGAGCAAGGAGGUUAAACAAGGAGACGGCGGUGAGGAGCAAGAUGAGGCAAAGAAGAAGACCACGAUCGCUAGUCUGCUCUCCAUGCAGAAGGAUGACCCCGAGCAUCACUCCGACCACAUCAUCAAGUCUCUCAUCACCGGUUUGCUGGUAGCAGGAACAGACACGUCGGUGGGCACGAUGGAAUGGGCGAUGUCGCUGCUGCUCACCAACCCGGAGACGCUGCGGAAGGCCCAAGCCGAGAUCGACGCGUGCGUCGGAAACAACCGCAUGCUGGAGGAAUCCGACCUCCCGAACCUCCCCUACCUCCGCGGCGUCAUCAACGAGACGCUCCGUCUGUACCCCGCAGCGCCGCUGCUGGUGCCCCAUGAGUCCACCGAGGAGUGCACCGUCGACGGCGUCGUCGUCCCCCCUCGCACCAUGCUCCUGGUCAACGCAUACGUCAUUCACAGGGACCCCAAGGUCUGGGAGGAGCCCAACAAGUUCAUGCCGGAGAGGUUCGAGGGCAGCGGCAAGGAAAGCUGGAUGAUCCCGUUCGGCAUGGGGAGGAGGAGGUGCCCGGGAGAAGGGCUUGCGCUGAGGAUGAUGGGGUCGACGCUGGGGACAUUGAUCCACUGCUUCGAGUGGGAGACUGUCGGCCAUGAAGAACUCGACAUGGCCGAAGCUUCAGGCGUGACCAUGCCCAGGGCAGUUCCCUUGGUCGCUAUCUGUCGUCCCCGUCAAGCCAUGAUCCAUGUUCUCUCUGAACUCUAAACACAUACGUUAUCAGUCGAUCUUAUAAGAUGUCUCAUAGUCAUCAUCAUUAUCAUUAUAUAAUAAACAAAAAUGCAUUCUAGUAA